AUGAGGUCCCUGCUGAAGCUGGUUGUGGUUCUGUUUUGCGUCCAGAGGGGAGAGGGCCGCUGGAUGGGGUCACUGAUCGAUCAGACACAGGAAACACCAUCUCCACACACGUCUCCAAAUGCAGACAGAGGAAGUGGAUAUCCGUCUGAAGAAGACAGACAAACAGAAGCUUCAGGAGUCCAGCCAUCGCCCAAUCCCAUCAUCCCGAUGCCAGUCCGCUCACGCCGCUCGACUCUAGACCCCCAGUGCGGCCUGCGCUCCAUCCUGCUGCAGGUGCGGGACCUCGGGCUCGGCUACGACUCGGACGAGACCGUCCUCUUCAAGUACUGCAGUGGGACGUGUCCCCGGGUUCGCUCCAACCACGACCUCACCCUCACCAACCUGCUGCUCAGUGGGGUGCUGCCCCACCCGGCACCCGGGGAGCAGUGGCACAACACGCCCUGCUGCAGGCCCACCCACCACGAGGACAUGGCCUUCCUGGACAACUCGCACCGCUGGCACAAGGUGGAGAAGCUGUCGGCCGCCGGCUGCAGCUGUGUGGGUUAGAUGGCUGAGAGUAGAUGGGAGAAGGGUGGCGUUGAAAGGGCGGAGGGGAGGAAAGAAGGUGUGUAUGAUAGCUUGUGACGACAAAGCGAUUCCGAGGGGACAAGUUUGCUGCCAGGUUUUUUUGUAAUGUCUGUAAAUGAAGAGUUUAACUUCAUGAUGGAAGGAAGCUGAAACCUUUUCUUAUGAAAUGAGCACAAAAUUAAGCUAUUGUCACGUUUAGGUGAAAGAAUCCAGUUUUUCUAUUGAAAAGUUGAGUGGCCUUGUGGGACUCACUACGAUAAUAAUUACUUUAUUUAAAUUUUAUCCUGAUAACAGUCGAGCUAUAAAAAAAGA